AUGUCUGUUGGCAUUCUGGGGUCAAAGCGUGCUGUUUACGACAUCUGGCCACUCAAAAAUAAAAAAUUCUUUGUUCUGGUGGAUCCGCAGAACAUACUGGGGGAAACAGUUGAUGCAAAUGCUACGCUUACCACCAUAUCUUAUCUGCUGGCGAAAAAAGGCUCUGUGGUUGUGGCCGCAUCAUACGGGCCACUGAGUGGUAUUCCACUCAACAUGCCGAGAAAGAUGCGUGAAGAGGCGAUUGAGGCCUUCCGUAAAGAAGGGGGUAUGGGUUACAGCAACUUCUUCUUUAAUAUGCCCUCGCGUACCAGAAUGGAGGUUCUGGAAAGUGUUCCAGGCUUCGUGAUCCCAGCAACCUGCACGGUGGACAGCAACACAGGGAAGACGCAAGCGUUCUUCAAGUUAUCAACCCAGGACAAGGCAGCUGCACUUCGCAGCGUGUUUCCCAAAGCGGAGUUUGCACCUGCCUCUACGUUUCCAUUUGUUGAGGUACUCUCCAAACUUCUUCCCAACGUCACCGUCAAGUUUGCGCCAGACUGCCUACGCCCCCCACUGCACCAGCUGGAACCAGGAGAAAUUCUGGUCCUAGAGAACUUGCAGUUUUACCGCAAUGAAGCCUCAGCGGACCCCGCGGAACGCAUGGCAAUGGCUGAGGUCCUCGCUGCGGAUAUUGAUGUCUUCGUCAAUGAGUCGUUUGCCACUGCCAGUCGGGAGCAUGCGAGUAAUACGGCGCUACCCAAAAUACUUCACCAUGGUGCUGCUGGCCUUUCCAUGGAUCAGGAGUUGGCUUUCUUCUCCAAGUUUCUCACGCAUCCUGCCCGGCCAAUCGCAGUGGUGGUGGCUGGAACCCAUAUUCCAGCAAAGCUGCUGAUGAUACACAGUUUGGUCUGCAAGGUGGAUAAGAUUCUUAUAGCUGGUGCGUUGGUGGCGCCUUUCUUGGCAGCCAAAGGAUUGACUGCGGGAAAGUCGUUUAACGGAUCGGAGACGGUCAAGCGAAAACACUUGAACAGCCUGAACGAAACGAUAGAGGAAGAAUCUAUUGGAUGGACAAAGUUUGCGGGCGAGAUAAUGGCACUCUGUGAGAAGAAUCAUGUGGAGCUGGUUCUUCCCGUUGAUCACGUAGUUACAAAGCGAUUGACAAAAGCAAGUGACAAUUCUGGUGCAAUUGUGGAAUCCGUAAGAAUCCCUUCUGACGUCUAUGCAGUGGAUUGCGGCACCAACACCAUUGCACUAUUUGCCAAAUACAUCCGUGAGUGCCAUUGUGUCUUCUGGACUGGUACGUUUGGCUGGGCGAGUCUGGGGUACAAGGAGGGCACACGUGCCUUUGCCACCGUCCUAGCACAAGAGCGAAAACUCUCCAUCAUUGGCGGCCGCAGCACCGCCCGUGCUGUGCAGCAACUCGGAUUAGCCUCGCAAUUUUCCCACGUCUCUGGUGGAGGUGUGUCAUGUUUGGAGGUGUUGCAGGGACAUCCCCUCCCUGGUGUGGAAGCACUCUCGGAUGUUUCCCCACCACUGGAUUCUAAGAGCACCCUCUCGGUAGAUGAGUUGCUGCGCAAUCUCCCCCUAUUCUCGGGAUGCACGUCGCACCAAAUUAAAGUGGCGACCAGGAAGUUUGCACGGCGUAAUCACGCACGUGGUGAUUAUCUGGUCUACAGGGGUGACCGCCACGUGAGCAUGUGGGUCGUUGCGCAUGGUGGGCUGGUGGCGCGCAUCAGGGACAGCAGUCUAACGGCCCCUGCCAGGUACAUUGAGCGUGGACAAACGGUAGGCAUGUACGACUUUAUCACCCAAGGCUUCGCAGCAGAGGUUGUUCAGGCCGCCACAAACGACACCGUGACGUAUCAGCUUACGUCAUCAUCUCUCAAUGACCUCCUCAAUGAGCACCCUGAUUUAGCAGCGCAAUUUUUGCAAAACGUCUCGGAGCCCCUGCGUUUAAUGGCCAAUGAAGAAUAUCGUAGCCAGAGUUUUGUGACUCAAGUCCUGCGCCGGGCAGCAUUGUGUUCACGUGUGCCAGGCCCUUUUGCAGUGCCACGCGACUGGGGAUUGAUUGAGGAUCUUGUGCAGGAUGUCGUGUCGACUGUGGCGCUGCAGAAGCUGACCAUGCAGUAUGCCCCCUAUGUUCCCUUGCCUGUUCCUCGUGAGAGCAAGUUCUUCUUGGAUAGGUUGGCAUGCCACAACAAUCUUGCCCU